AUGAAGAAUGGCAGCUCUGUGUCUGAAUUUCAGCUUCUGGGGUUCCAGAGUCUUCCCGGGUGGCAGACCCUACUCUUCACCAUGUUCUUACUUAUCUACAUCCUAACCAUCACAGGCAAUGUGGUUAUUAUUUCAGUCAUCAAGCUGGAAUCAUAUCUUCAUUCCCCUAUGUACUCUUUCCUCCAAAACCUCUCCUUCCUAGAGAUCUGGUACACCACCACAAUUGUGCCCAAGAUGCUCAGUAGCCUCCUCAUGGAGAACAAGAGCAUCUCCUUCAGUGGAUGCAUCGCACAGCUCUACUUUUUUGUCUUCUUUGGUGCAACGGAGUGCUUCCUAUUAUCUGUGAUGGCGUAUGAUCGGUACCUUGCAAUCUGUGACCCAUUGCAUUAUGCAGAAGCCAUGAACACACAGUUCUGUACCCGCUUGGCGAUAGGGUCUUGGGUUAUUGGUCUCUUCACAGGGUUGCUACCUUCAUUGCUGAUCUCUAGGCUGCGUUUCUGCAGAUCAAACCAAAUCAAUCAUUUCUUCUGUGACAUCCCACCUCUGCUGAAGCUCUCCUGUUCUGACACUUCCACCACCGAAAUGAGCAUUUUUGUGCUCUCUAUAUUGGUCCUUUUCACAUGUUUCUUGCUUACCUUGGUGUCCUAUGCAUUUAUCAUCAAGACUAUCCUGAAAAUCCCCUCUGUUUCUGGAAGAAAAAAGACUUUCUCCACCUGUGGUUCACACUUGGCUGUGGUGGUGAUAUAUUAUGGCACCAUGAUCUCCAUGUAUGUUCGACCCAGUGCUAGUCUUUCAUCAGAGCUGAAUAAGGUAGUCUCCAUCUUCUACACUGUGCUAACACCACUUCUCAACCCUGUCAUCUACAGUCUGAGGAACAAAGAUUUCAAGGAUGCCUUGCAGAAACUAGUCAAUAGGAAAUGUUUACAUAGCUUGCCAAGUAGAGAAAGGAAGUUCAUUGGCUUUAGUUGUUGUUAA